CGGGUCCUUCCUUCUCCCCUAUCAAGGCGGGGCUUGACGUCACCGCGGCUAUAAAUAUGGUUGUAUUGCUCUCGGUGUAUUCAUCUCACUACUCGAAGACAACACUACAGAAACAUGGAGCAGCGGAAUGAAGACUUUUGACAAAGAGAACCGGAAGAUGGCUCUGAACCGCCAGAAAAUGACGCGACAGUACAGCGACGCUAGUCUGCCACCAGCACAGAGACGGAAUCUGCCGCUUUUCGUUGACGAAUACCAGAAUACGUGAGAGAGAGGGAUUGGUAACCGAGAGGGAAGAAGGAAACAUGGCCACAGAGCUUUCUAACAACGGCCCCCAGCCGACGGCCAUGGAGAGGUUCGGCUUCGGCGGCGGGAUGGCGCUUCUGCCGUGGACCCGGCAGAUGCUCACCGUGCUGUGGGAACAGCUGCGGUUGCUGGUUCAAGUCAUUUACUACACCUUCAUGUCCGUUUUCCAGAUGUUCAGGUUUGAGGUUCACGUGAGAAUCACAGAUGAAACUGGGGAACACAUCCAGCACAUGGGCUCAGCAGCAAACCCAUCGGAAUCCUUCCUGUUCUCCUCCGUGGUUGGUGGUUCGAAUCCCCUCUCCAACUUCUGCGCUGACGUUGGCGACCCUUUCCCUGGGAAAUCCACUGCCGAGGCCCUGCUGUCCAGCCUGCGGGCGGAUGACCUCUGCUGCGGACUCAUGGAUGACCUGGUGUCCAGAACAGCGGGGAGCGAGGACGCCAUCUUCGUCGGGAAGCAGUCCUCCUGGAAAGUGGGUGACUGGAACAUCUUUGUGUCGAGCAGCGACAGCUCCUGUUCCAACGACACGUUCUUCAAAGCAGAUCGAAGUAAGGAGAGGGUUUACAAACAGGACACUUCAGAGGAAGACAGAAGUUCCCACUGGAGCAGCGAGGAAGAUAAAGUCGAGUUUGAGAGCGAAGACACGAAAGCACUUUGGGAAUCUUUGUCCAAAUCGGACGACCCUUACAACCCCUUCUUUUUCUCGGCCUGCAUUUCCACCAACGCAGACAUGGGGAGGAGCAAAAGCGCAGCAGGAGGCAGCUGUGACGCUGACCUCACGGUAUCAAGCAAGUCCAAAGAGGAGCUACAUGUGAACACGUGGCUGUGUCGCUCCGACAGUGAGAGCAGCUGGAGCAGCUGGGCCGGUUCGGACUGUUCUGGUCCAGAUUUUGACCAGGAAGAGAACGAUAAGCUUUGGGAGCUGUUCUGCAGUCCCCAAGACCCAUACAAUCCUCUGAGCUUUUCUGCCUGUAAGAUCACCGAGGACAAAGAGAGCGUCUCUCUGCCGUCAGAGGACGAUGAGGAAGACCUGGCCUGGAAAUCUCUCAGCCAAAACCACGACCCAUACCACCCCCUCAACUUCCAGGCCUCGCUUCAGAGCGCGGUCCAUCAGAACAAGGUCUCAAAAGUUCCUCCCACCGAGAGCAGAAGACUGACAAAAGAACCCAAACAAUCCAGGCCGACCAAGCCCGUUCUGACAGAGAGGAAGCUGCAGCAGCACUCCCAUCCCGACAGGAUCCUGGUGCCCUGGAAGAGACCGGGACGGUCAGCGCCCGAGGAGAGGAGAACCACGGACACGCCGUCCAAGAAGGUGCGCUUUUCUCCUCAAGUCCAAGUUCACGUCAUGCGCACCUGGCCGUUUGCCCGCCAGGCGUCCCGCAAAGGAGCCUGGGAGGAAAUGGCGCGGGACCGCGACCGCUUCCGGAGGCGGAUUGCGGACGUGGAGCGAGCCAUCGGUCACUGUUUCAGCCCGCCUCACAGGCAGAAGGUCCGGGCAUACGUAGAAGGUGCCUUGAGAAAAGCAGACGCCUCCUGAACCGUGAUUGGUUUCAUUUUUUUGGAUGAGGACUGGUGAUUGGUUGCAAUGCAACAGUGAUUUUUAUUUAUUUAUUUAUUUUGUCAGUCCUAAAUGUUUGGUGUGAGGCUGAACAACCUCAUACCUCAAAGGUUUUCUACGUUGUGUACCUGUUGCACUGAUGGACACUUUGUCAUAGUAACCUCAGCAUUAACAUGUGGAAUGUUGUUUUGUAUGCCUUAUACACUGACUUAGUAAUGUACCUAUUUAUGCCCUAUGGAGCUUGGUGUUUAUUUUUCCUGUUUGUAGAUGUUUUUAUACGACUGUAGAAGUGCUAUCAUACAGUAGAAAGCUUUUUUAUUAUUUUUAUAUUUAAGCAUGAUAGAAACGUCUGGAGUUUUGGUGCUGCUGUUCUUUAUUUACAGUGUAUGACAUUUGUCUGUUCUGGCUCAUGAUGGCAGCUCCAUCUGUAAAAAUCAGACUUUUUUUUGUAGCAAAGAUGAUUGUUUGUACUUGAAGUAAAUAAAUUUGUCACUCUGUUCUGGUUA